CUGAAAAAAAAUCCACAGGGACUCGAAAGUGAUUUCCGACACAGUAUUCACUUUCACUUUCAGAGGUUUCAUAAAAAUCCAAUCUUUCUUCCUAACACAACUGGCGCUCUCUCUCUCUGCCACUCUCAGUCUUCUUCUUCUUCUCUCUCUUUCUAUUCAGAAUAUAAUCCAAUAAAGUCAAUUCCUUUUUAUCUGAGAGAAACUCCGUCACUCAGUUCUUAUCUGUAUCUGUAAUGGAACUUGUUCCAUACUCAGAACCGAACUCAUCAAACCCAGCUUGGCAAGACAUGUUUCGAUCAGCCUCAAUUCGAAAACCCUCCCCAACCCCACCAUCACACGCGCCUCCUUCGGCGCGUGGGAGCGAAUCACCGGAAAUGGCCGCCGACCCAGAUCGUACAGCCACCCUCUCCGGCGAUCCCCAGGUACGACUCGCGCUCUACAUAGCCAUGGCCCACGCUGGCCUGGCCUUCACUAUCUUCAUUCUCUUCGCCGUUUGUAAGCUUCUAGAGGAAUAUCUCAGACCCAUUCAAUGGGCUGUGCUUUGCUCAAUCCCAUUAAGGGGAAUUCAACAAACCCUAGAAGCCUUCUGGACUGAGCCAUUGAAUUUGGGCUUGACAGAGACCGUUCUAGCCAUCCCAGUAGCUGUUUUUAGGGUUUUUGUUGGUACCCUUGUAGAGGUCCGGGAAGCUGCGGUUCGAAUUCUGCUCAGAAAACCCAAAUCAGCUCACUCCAAACGGCGCCGUGGCGCCUUCUCGAAGCUGCUCCGGUGGCUGGUGUCGUUUUGGGUGUUCAUUUUUGUUUAUGAGACUUUUGGUGGGUUAGGGUCUUUAGGGAUUGUUGGGUUGGGUUUUGUGUUCAGUGCCAAAACAGUUGAUUCCACCAUGUCAACGGUUACUUCUUUCAGAAGUGUUAGCUUCCCUCGUAGUAGAAUUAGUGCUUUUUUCACAAGAGGGUUGUUGAAAAGGUUGAAGACCAUUGUUGGAAUUGGUUUAAUUAUUGGUAUGAUUGUUGGGUUUUUGUUUGGUGUUACAUUUUUCUCUUAUAAGAUUGGUGUUGAAGGUAAAGAUGCUGUUAUUUCAUUGAAACUACAUGUGGAAGAGAGCAAUUAUGCUGAGAGAAUUGGUGUUAAGAAAUGGAUGGAAGAGAAUGAUUUGCCUGGAAUGGUAGACAAGUAUAGUACCAAAGCAUAUGAGACUGUUUCUGAACAGAUUGACACUUUAGCAAUGCAGUAUAAUCUAACCGAAUUCGUCACUGGAAUCAAGCAUUUUAUUAUCAAGCGCCAGGCGAAUUCCUCAGUGCCUUCAACCGCUCUGAUUAGCCCCUCACCUUACACCGAAAAGCUUUUGAGUUUAAGGAAUCGGAUGAGUAACCGAGAAUGGGGACAGAUUUACACAGAAAUGGAUGCCAUAAUCCGAGAAUUGAUCAUCACUAGGGAGGAUUUGGUAGAGAAGGCAAAAGGAUAUGCUGUAAAAGGCGUGGAUGUGUCGCAGCGUGUGCUCACUAGUAGCACAACCGUUCUGGGAAGCAGUGCGAAAUUCAUGUUCUCCAUAGGGAAUUCCAUCAUUUCUGGUGCUGCUGAGGUUUUCAAUUUCUUGUCUCAGUCAAUGGUGUUCUUCUGGGUUUUGUAUUACCUCAUUACAACCGAGUCCGGCGGUGUGACUGAGCAAGUGAUAUGCAUGCUUCCAAUUUCGAAAUCAGCUAGAGAUAGAUGUGUUGAGGUUCUUGAUCAAGCUGUUUCAGGAGUACUUCUGUCCACUGCUGAGAUUGCAUUUGUUCAAGGAUGUCUAACAUGGCUUUUGUUUAGGCUGAUUAAGAUACAUUUCUUGUACAUGUCUACAGUUCUUGCUAUCAUUAGCUCUCUGUUACCAAUCUUCCCAUCAUGGUUUGCAACAAUUCCAGCUGCUCUGCAACUUGUGCUCGAAGGUAGAUACAUCGUGGCGAUCGUUUUAUUCAUUGUUCACCUUUUUCUUAUGGAUUAUGGUGCAUCCGAAAUUCAGGAGGACAUUCCUGGCCAUAGUACUUAUCUCACUGGUCUUAGCAUCAUUGGUGGAAUGACAUUGUUUCCCUCGGCGCUAGAGGGUGCAAUUAUGGGGCCACUGAUAACCACAGUUGUGAUAGCACUCAAGGAUUUGUAUGCUGAAUUUGUUCUUGAAGAACCUAAGAAAAAAGAGAGCUAACUUACUCUGGUAUGGGAUGGCAUAUCCAUUUUAUUAUUAUUUGUUUGCAUCAUUAUUUGGAUUGCAAGCACAUUAUUCUUUCCCCUAUAAUUUAUGUUUGAAAGUGAUUCUAUUCUUCUCUACUUAGAUGAGAUGGUGUGUGUUUAUUCAUUAAUCAAUAUUUAUUUAUAACAAAGCAUAUUAGCAUCUUUAGAUGAGUUGCUAAUAGGUGUCUUUUUCUUUCCCACUACUUCCUUGUAAUCUUUAGAUCAUGAGUUGUUAUUGUAUCUUCUUUCUUACUUUUUGCUUUGGUGGGUUGUAUUUUUGAAGAAAAAAAUAACUAUUGUACAUUCUCUGUAUUCAUGUAAGACUUGGUUACUUUUUGUAGGUGUAUACAUUUUGUAAGUUAUUAAUAAAUAUUAAUGAUUACUAUCUA